AUGAGCCUUUGCGAACACUGUGUUUCCGGCGUGCGCCAUGAGGGCACCCCCGAGGGCAAGUUCGAGGAGAUCGCGGGCGUGAGCUGCUACGUCGCGACUCCCUCGGGUGACUAUGCCAAGGAGAAGGUGAUCUUAUACCUCACAGACAUCUUCGGUGUGGAGUUGCCCAAUCACCAGUUCCUCGCGGAUGACUAUGCUCGCAACGGGUUGAAGGUCGUCAUUCCAGACAUCCUGAACAAGGACCCGGCACCCGCGGAUGCGCUUGAUCCCGGCUCGACCUGGGACUUCAUGCCCUGGCUGGGAAGGCACGGCAUGGAGACUGUCCAUCCCGUCCUCGACAAGGUCAUCCCUGCCCUCAAGGUGACCGGGGUGCAGAAGAUCGCCGUGCUCGGGUACUGCUAUGGUGCGCGCCCGGCAUUCGACCUCGCGUUCAAGAAUACUGUCUCGGUCGUGGCGGUGUCGCACCCGAGUCUCCUGCAGGUCCCUGCUGAUCUCGAGAAAUACUCCGCUGAGUCCAAGGCGCCGCUCCUGAUCAACAGUUGCGAGGUCGACCAGAUGUUCCCGAAGGAAUCGCAGGCUAAGGCCGACGAGAUUCUCGGUGGCGGCAAGUUCGCGCCUGGGUAUGUGAGGACUUACUGGGAAGGAUGCACUCACGGCUUUUCCGUGCGAGGCGACAUGAGUGACCCGAAGGUGAAGGCGGGCAAGGAGGGAGCGUUCAAGGCGACCGUCGAGUUCCUCAAGAAACAUUUGUAA